GUUGCUGACAAAGGAUUGGCUGCUUCAUCUGCAAAUGAAACUGACAACCUGCCGGAAGAAGGAACAGUCCCAUUCCACAAGAGGACUCGGCUACAGAACUGCAAAGAAAGACAAGACAGCAUCGUCAAACAAUUGGCCCAGGAAAAGUAUUGCCAUUGGUGCGAGGUUCCAGUAAUCGAAAAUACGCAGGCCAACACAGUUUGGAGUCCAUGAGAAGUGGAGCCACCCUGAGCACAGCAUGAGUUCAGGUCUGAUUGAGAACUACGUGGCAGCCAUGGUGCUGAGCGCAGUUGGUGAUACCCUGGGCUAUUACAAUAGAAAAUGGGAGUUCCUGCAGAAUGGCCAGGAGAUUCACAGGCAGCUUGCACAAAUGGGCGGGUUGGGAAACAUCUGUAUAGCAGGCUGGAAAGUCAGCGAUGACACAGUGAUGCACUUGGCUACAGCUGAAGCUCUGGUAGCUGCUGGGAAACAACCACGUUUUCCAGAGCUCUAUUCCCUUCUAGCAAAGCACUACAAGGACUGUAUGGAUGACAUGGAUGGCAGAGCUCCAGGUACUACCUGCGUUCAAAACGCACUGGGCCUGCAGCCAGACCAACCAGAUGGCUGGAGGAUUCCAUUUAACAAGCAUGAGGGAGGAUGCGGGGCUGCCAUGCGGUCCAUGUGCAUUGGGCUGAGGUUUUGUCAUCCUGAGCAGUUGGACAGCCUGAUUCAAGUCAGCAUCGAGAGCGGUCGAAUGACCCAUCAUCAUCCAACUGGCUAUCUGGGAUCCCUGGCUUCUGCUCUCUUUACCGCCUAUGCUGUGAAUCGCAAGCCCCCUCACGAAUGGGGGAAGGGACUGAUGGAAGUGCUGCCGCAGGCUAAAGACUACAUCCAGAAGUCUGGCUACUUUGUGAAGGAGAACCUGAAGCACUGGUCCUACUUUGAAGAACAGUGGAAAAGAUACCUGGAGUCCAGGGGAAUUUCAGAUGGAGUGUCUGUUCCUACCUUCCCCCCCAUAUAUGGCGUGAAGGAGCGAGAUGAAUUCUAUGUCUCCCUGAGCUACUCUGGCUGGGGCGGCAGCAGUGGGCAUGAUGCCCCAAUGAUUGCCUACGAUGCCAUACUUGGCGCUGGAAACUCCUGGACGGAGCUCGCUCACCGGGCUUUUUUCCAUGGUGGGGACUCCGAUUCUACAGCAGCCAUUGCCGCAUGCUGGUGGGGGGCCAUGUAUGGCUUCAAAGGAGUCAACGUAUCCCUCUAUAGAGAACUGGAAUACAGAGAGAGGCUGGAGAAAAUAGCUAAGGCCCUGUAUGAGGUCAGCCAGCCAGAGGGCUAGUCCAAGCAGAGAGGUGGUUCUAGAGUUCACAAGACAAAACUAAACUUUACAAAGGUCCCUGUAUAGCUUGUGGGGUGAGGGGAGGGUUAGAUUGAUCUUGGACUGUACUUUACGACCCAUCUACCUGCAGCUCCUGAUCCGCCCAGGCAAUGCUUGUGCUUCAGCAGUCUGUCUAGCCAAUGCCUAGUACUAGAAUAACGGGAUUAAGGAUGAAAGUGUGAGGGGGAAAUCUGGCAUAGCAGCUGUGUUCACUCUUUUUUUUUUUGCCACUGCUAGCGGAAAUGCAAUCUCAGAAGCACCAAAGAGCAAUGCAUGGGCAGCCAGGUUUGGAUUUUGUCAGUAAUAAUUUGAUACUGGGUUGAGUUUGAGUGAAAUUUUAUAUUCCUCCACAGAAGAGAACCAGCACAGCGUGCUAGUGCCAGCCUUCCCUUCUCUCACAUCCCAGUGCACUCACCCCAGACACGUAGUGAGCACCUCGACAGCUGAGAGGGGAAUACAGUCUCUAGGGUCCCUUCAACCCUUGGUCCUAAGCGACCAAUUAGUGUGAAGCACGAGGGUGGAUUUUCACAUCUUUAGUGUGGGGAAAUGCUUUAAGAAUGGUCAUUUGGCAUUUGUUUAAAACCUAAUUUCACAGCAUCUCUAACCAAUUGCAGAAUUUCAAGACCUUUUGUUAUGAUUAAAUAAAAAUGUCAUUAGCUCUUGCCUACUGCUGUUAAGGGGGAAGUUAAAUCCACAUACAGUCUUACCCUUCACUUAGGGUAAUUCUAACAUUAGGGACAGAAUUUGCACCUUACUUCAUCAAACUGGAUCUCAUUAUGAAGAAUUAGAAAUAGGAAAUGCCGCUUGCUACCAUCUCCCAAUUAAGAGUCAAGACCUUUAGAGCUGUUGAAAGAUGUUUUCUCGAAAUUUUAUGGAACUGCUGAUAACACCUUUGAAAGUUUCUUGCUUUUCUGUGCAAACAGCCGAAUUCUGUGUGUCUUACUCCCAAGAUGGCAGCUUUCAAGCUGAUCAUCAUUUAUCCUAUUUAAGAUCCUUUACAAAAGAAUAAAAUUACUACAAAAUGUAAUCUGAUAAUGCAGAACAAUUCUGCUCUAUGUGAAACAGUCUAGAUUUGCAAAUGAAUAGAAGAUAGCUGCUGCCUCACCAUGUCAGAGGUUCGCCAUUGUGCCUUUUGAUGAAUUUGCAGCAGAUAUCAAGGAAAUGCUGGAAGCGCAUGAACGAGUUUCCAAAUGAGAGGGAAAAGAGACUUGCAGUUCUGUACUUUUGCCUGGGGUGACCUCUGUUUUUUAAGUGCUCUGUCUAUAAUUAAAUAAAAGGAAAUAUUUGGCAAAUGGAAGAUAAAGCACAUAUUUCUCAUUUGAAACUGUCUAUUGGUGUUCCAUUUUGUCCUUCAGUCUCAUGAGAGAGAAGGAAGGAGUUGUAUGGAUUCCUGACCAAACUUAGUGCUCAGGUCACUGAGGGUGUAUUUAUUCUUCCCUCGAAGUGCUGCAAGGUAAUGCUAAGAGCUUUUGUGCUUGCAUUGAGGAGACAGGACCCCUGUGCCCAAAAGGACAAAGGUAAAGGCAAGGAGAAGAUGGACAGAUACUGUUAGGAAAGUGAAGGCCACACAACAUUGUUAACUGUGCUGAAGUGACACAGAAUAUAAACUCAGAGCUGAGGUGGUUUGUUUUUGUAAGGAUAGUGUGAAUGCUUCCCCCCCACCCCCUCCAGAACGUAUUUCUGCACAAGUCCAGGCUCCCAUUGCUAUAGCAGUCAUGGAAGGAGACAUCUGCUCAUUUAUCAAAUUCAGACUUGGAAAACUGUUUCCUGCCUCCAAAUCUGUAAAACAAGCCUAAACUAGUACCACAAGAGCAAGGUACCUUAGUACGUAUUCCCUCCUCUCCAGACUCCUUGUCAAGGGAACUGCCGAGGAAAACUUUAGUGCUGCACUUGGUCCAUGGAUCCAGAAGCCUUGUAGUUUUGUGUUUGCAUUUAGUCAUCAAAAUAAUUUACCCUUAGCCUCCCCAUCCCAAAAGAAAGCAAGGGGCUACUAUCACUGGGAAAAGAGAAGUCAUGAGCCAGGGAUGUAUGGGGGAGGCCUCUGUCUUCUGAGAGAGGCUUUAUCCCAGUUAUAUGGUGGGCAGGGGUUAAACACAUGCAUAUGUGGAAAGCACUAGACCUCAGUGCCCCCCCCCACACCCGACUCCCCCUGCCAAAGAACCUCAGGAGACCGGAGUAGGACUGGCUGGAAAAAGCUAGUAUUUCAUGACCAUUUUUUAAGAAAUAAAAAGUUUUGUUAAAACUUGUGUUUUUUUGUUUUGUUUUAUACCAAAAAAUGUAAGUUUUGUUACAUUCUAACCUCCGAACGAAAACCCCACCUUGUUUCAGUGUAAAAACAAAGUGAAAGAAAAUGGGUGUUUCUGCCAACAAAAUGAAAUUUAAAAAGCAACUUAGCUGAAAACCAAAACAUCUCAACCAACAUGAAUGUAUUUAUUUAUUUGUUUUGUGUGUGGCAGAAGUCAUUUUGGUCACAGACAUUUCUGACAACCCCCCCCCCCUUUUUUUUAAAUUAAAAAAACUGCUCUAGUCUUGAGAGUUUUAGGGGGAAGCAGCUGCAUCAGGACCUCAAUGUAGAUCUCGUUGGGCACAUCCACGGGGUUCCAGGAGUAAGCAGGUCUCCAGGCCACGUUGUGCAGUCUGGGUACUGCCCAGGCAGCAUAGAACUCCCACAUGGUUCUCUGCUACACAGUCAGCAUUGCUGUUUAUCCCACAGACCACACCCCCGGCACUUCAGUUGCCACCUAUUUUGAGCUGCAGUGGGAGACCCAACCCAUGGGGAUCUAUCCCCAUGGCCCUGCGCAUACACCCGCCCACCUGUGCAUGGCCAUCCUGCAGAUACUCAGUCCCUGUUUUAGAACAUUCCAUGCACUCCCCUCUCCUGCUUGGGUCCAUUUAGGGAAAUGUGGUGGGCGGAGGAAAAGGAAUUUGUAUUUGUGCAAACUCCUGAAAAUGUGAUCCUUAAAUGGGUGCUUCAGUUUCACCAGCCACAGAAUGGAGGUGCUGACAAGGCAGUUU